AUGAAACGUAACCCCUUCAAGUGUCAUUACUCUCCGCAGAGGUCGCCACUGUUCUUCAGUCAAAAUUGGUUGGUGAAAAAACAUUUUUAUUAGCCAGAAAUAGCAGAUUUUAAAAGAGGAUGGCCAAUUACGUGAUGCGUCGUGCGCUGCUAGAUGCAGUCCGCGUACCCGUUGGAGCUCGCGCCAGCAGCGAACUCUCCAAGGUCGGUAACCGCGAAUGGGUGGGGUUCGGCUUCAACGGCCAGCCCAACUACGUCGACAGCGCCGCCUUCCCGCUGCCCGCUGUGAGGUUCCGCCCCGACACCCCUGACAUUAAGGUCCUCCGCGAAAAGGAGAAGGGCGACUGGCGCAAGUUGACCCUGGAGGAGAAGAAAGCGCUGUACCGCGCCUCCUUCUGCCAGACGUUCGCGGAGUUCCAGGCGCCGACGGGCGAGUGGAAGGCGGUGGUGGGCUGGGGACUGGCGCUCGCCUCCGUCUCCGUCUGGAUCUACCUCGGCAUGAAGAUCUUCGUGUACGGCGCGCUGCCGGAGUCGCUGAGCGACGAGAACCAGAAGGCGCAGCUGCGGCGGAUGCUGGACCUCAAGGUCAACCCGGUAGACGGACUCGCCUCCAAGUGGGACUACGAGAACAACCGCUGGAAGUAAAUCGUUUGGCGUUGGUAUGGUGCUGUGCCACGGCUUUGGUCGAUAGAGUAGACAAUUGUAAUAUAAGCAAAUAUCUGUAAGAUAAUAAAUAUGUGAUUCCAAUCA